AUGGAGGUCGACGACGACAUGGAUCCUGUGUGGUCGGAGUUCCGUGAUGCACUCGGGCCCGAUGUCAUGGCAAGAGCGGUGGAGGUGAUGAGAGCAGUGGGCAUUGAUGCAGAUACGGUGCAGCUCACCCCUCUUACAGAGCUUCCUGUGCUGCCUAUGCUGAGGCAUAUUAGCCAAACCAGUGUAAUCCUGCUGCGUGGGCUGGUCGGCAUUGUGAGUCUGUCCUCCCUGGAGCACUUGGAGCUGGCGCUGGCAGGCGAGGCUGAGGAGCUGCCACUGUCCCUGGCGCUCUGCCCUAACCUGCGCACUCUCACCAUUCACAGUGCUGCACGCUUGAAGGCCCUUCCGGAUGAUUUGGGUUCAGCCGUGCAGCAGCUGAGGCAGCUGCGCAUCGAGCGGGCUGGGGAGUUGAGAGCGCUGCCAGACUCUCUCACCCACCUGCACUGCCUGACCUCCCUGCAAGUCCAUGCACCCAAGCUGCCUUCCCUGCCAGACGGCAUCGGCGCCUUAUCCUGA